AUGAUCCGCCAGUUCCGGCAAGGCGACGAUGCCAGUGUUGCCAGCGCCGUACAUACCGCGAGAGAGCUGUUGACUCAUGCUGAGCUGCCUCUCAUCAUCCGCGCCAGAGCAUGCAUGGUCCUCGGCUGCUCGAGUGAGCCCGACUUCCUCGAGCAAGCAGAAGAAGCUGUGCGCAUUGCUCAGCUUGCGACUGACAACGCAACAAGCGUCGGUCAGCUUGGUCGACAGUUGCUGGAGGACUGCAAGACGGUAUUGAGAGAGGCACAGAAGGCGCACGAUGCAGCUAGUGCGUUUGAAGAGGAGGAAGAAGAGCCUCCUGCCGAAGAUGAGGAAGUCGUAUGGGAUCCGGAUGACCCAACCAUCGGCGCUGAGGAGGAGGAUCCACGGAACGACGCCGAGGAGAACGGCAAAUCAGGAUGA